AUGCCCCUCCCGUUCCCAUUGGAAAUUAUCCCUCAUUACAUCCAAGUUGUUCAACUCGGACUCGUACCUACUCUCCGUGACAUCCUCUCCCAGCCUUCUCUCUUGCUCAACCCACCCCGCGUCUCGCAAUUAUUCUUCUCCCACGUAUGGCUUAUUCUAGGUCCCAACAUCGAUUCAAAUAAUCGUUCUACGAAGCAUGAGUUAUUGUAUCCUCAUGCGUCGGGUGUGGUAAUUGACAUUGGAGCCGGCCACGGACACACGAUGCAAUACCUCGAUCGGAAAAGGGUAACCCGCUACGUGGCUAUUGAGCCAAACCCGUACAUGCACCAACAGAUCUAUAAAAUGGCCGAAAAAUGUGGGUUUAGCAUUGAAAAGGGAGAGGUUGUUGUCCUUGGAUGCGGAGCAGAGGAUAUAGAAACGAUCAGAGAGGCAGUGGGGGAGACCGGAAAGGCCGAUACGGUUGUUUCUAUUUUGAGCUUGUGCUCGGUUAGAGAUGCGAAACAGAUUUUAGGAAGGUUGUUAAAUGAGGUGGUCCGAUCUGGAGGCGAGGUAUUAUGGUAUGAACAUGUCAAGAAUCCAUUGGCCAGCGUGAGCUUCUGGCAAACGGUUUUCAGCCCCAUUUGGGGUCUUGCAUUUGACGGAUGCCGGAUGUGCCAGGAUACAGUCGGAAUACUCUUGACAGCAACUAAAUGGGGAGAGACUUUUGUAUGGGACAUUCCAGGACAAGAAGGGAGAAGCUUAAUGUUUCAUCAAGCCGGGCGAUUUGUUAAAGCUUAG